CGGCCCCGCGGCCACCCGUCCUCUCCCCCCCCGGGGGGCCGCGUUUGCUCGGCGGCGCCUCGGACCGCGCCCCGGCACCCCCGCUCCCCCGCCCUCAGCGCGGCGGGCUCCUUCCCGCCUCCCCGCAGCCCCGGCCCGGCCCCCGCCAGCGGAGGCGAUUCCACCUCAGCCCCGGGCGUCGGGGCGGGACCGGCCCGCCCCAGCCCGGUAGGGCAGCGGAGAGGCCGGGCGGGGGCCGGCCCGGCCCGAGCCGGCGCUGCCUCUCCGCACCCGGGCGAGCCUCGGCCGACCGCUGCCCUCCUCGCUGGCGGCGCCAUGGAGCGGCGCGGGGCGGCGGCGGGCGGCGAUGUCUGCGUGUGCCAGGCCGUCCUGCCGGCCCACGCCGACCACCGCGGGGAGCUGAGCGCCGGGCAGCUCCUCAAGUGGAUGGACGCCGCCGCCUGCCUGGCAGCUGAGAAACAUGCUGGUGUGUCUUGCGUGACAGCAUCUAUGGAUGACAUACAGUUUGAAGAGGCUGCCAGGGUUGGACAAAUUAUUAGCAUCAAAGCAAAGGUGAACAGAGCAUUCAAAACCAGUAUGGAGGUUGGCAUCAAGGUUACAGUACAGGAUGUUUUGACUAAUGUUGAAAAAAUUGUGAGUGUGGCAUAUGCAACAUAUGUAGCCAAACCAGUUGGUGGUGGAAAGAUUGAACUAGAACCUGUAAACCUUCUGUCUACAGAAGAUCACCUGGAGCACACCCUGGCUAUUGAGAGAAGGAGAAUUCGACUGGGCUAUGAACAGGUCUUUCAGAACCUAAUGCAGGAGAGUAAUAAGGAAGAUACUUUUGAAGAGGAAGAUGCAGUUUCAACUGACCUUACUCAUGUACAGAGUAUUGAGCUUGUCCAGCCUCCUCACGCAAACCAUCAUGGAAACACUUUUGGUGGCCAGAUCAUGGCUUGGAUGGAGACAGUGGCAAGUAUUUCAGCAAGCCGCCUUUGUCAUUCAUAUCCUGUCUUGAAGUCAGUCAAUAUGUUUAAAUUCUGGGGACCAUCCGUCGUGGGUGACCGCCUUGUCUUCAAUGCAAUUGUGAACAAUACGUUUCAGACUAGUGUGGAGGUUGGUGUCCGUGUUGAGGCUUAUAACUGUGAAGAAUGGAUCAAAGACCAAGCACGGCAUAUUAACAGCGCGUUUCUCAUUUUUAACACUGUAAAUGACAAAGGAGAGCUGCUCACCUUCCCCAGAAUCAAACCUACUACAAAGGAUGGUAUGAGGCGAUACCAUGGAGCUAUUGCCCGAAGGAGAAUUCGACUAGCCAGAAAAUGCAUGCUGUCUGCUAAUGAAGACAAAUCUUCUGAUCCCUGGGAGAGAAGCAACCAGGCAUAUGUGAGUUACAGCAAUAUAGCUGCACUGACACACCUAGCAGCGAAACCAGGAUGGGAAAUAACCAGUACACUGGAUGAUAUAAAAAUAUGGACUCAUGAGGAGGGUGAUGUGUUGUCACUCAAAGUUGAAAUGCAAGUGCAGAUACCAUCACAUCUAGCUUUCUCCCUUUUGUCUGACUUCACAUUCCGGCAACAAUGGGACAAACAUUUCUUAACUUGUGAGGUCCUACAGGCUGUGAAUGAAGAUGAGAAAAUAUAUUAUGUUACGUCUCCACCCAUGACUGACCAUAAACCCAGAGACUUUGUGAUUCUUGUGUCUCAAAGGCAACCCUGUAAGCCAAGUGAACCCUACAUAGUAGCUGUAAAGUCAGUUACCCUCAUGUCUAUGCCACCUUCUUCAGAAUACUGCAGAAGCGAAAUCCUUUGUGCCGGAUUCCAGAUUUAUGGUGACAGCAACAGAUCCUGUACAGUAUGUUACUUCAAUCAAGUGACAUCAGGUGUUAUGCCUUACUUAGCUGCAAAUCUUACUGGCUCAUCAAAAUCCAUUGAAGACACUGCUUUGGAAUGUAUAAAGUUCUUGGAGCUGAAAGGCAGCAAGUACUGAAGUUAAAAAUGGACUUCUGAAGAGACCUCUAAAGGUUAUCAAGCAGUACUCGUUCAAAUUCCUGCAUGUGUUGUUGGUCAUUUUUCUACAGGUUAGUUACUUUGGAUCAUGUAGCCAAUAUUGGGCUUGAGCUUGAGAAUAUCUAGUACAAGCAUUUUCUAUCAAAUUUAGAUUAGGCCUUAGGCCCUAAAUUCAAUUUUUAAUUUUAAAAAGAUGAAGGGACAGAUUCUGCUCUUGAUUGCAUUACUGAAUUUUGUAUAAAUGGGGGCAGAACUUGGCCCAGUAAAACUGUAGCUCAUGAGACUAUUUCACUAUUUUAAUGUUAUAUUGAACCUAAUGGCACCCAGUCAGUUUUAAAUCAGUAAAUACCACCCUGUGUAAUUUGCAGAGUAGUGGUGCUACUAAGUAGUUUAUCCAGUGCUCUGACCUGGUUGUGCGGGUAUGCGCACCCAUUAUAAAUUGAUUACACCCCAUGUAAGUUAGUGUUUGAUAAUGUUUGUAUUUUACCUGUUAAUACUUGUAGUUUAUCUGUGACUUCCUAUAAAUUAUUGUUUCUGAGGUUACAAAUCCAUUGUAAAUUUUAUUACGGUAUCCCUGGAAUGGCUUCAGAUGUUGUUCCAGAAAGACUGCUUUGUAGUGGUGGUGGGGGCUGUUGGCCUCUUACAGAAGUGCCAUGAACUCCCGCUGGAGAGUUCUAUGCAAGACUGCUCUGCUAGCAUUGAAUAAAUGCAGAACGGUAAGACUCUUGGAUCCACUCCCUCACAGAUGAAAAGGGAGAAUGGUUUCAGAGGUUUUAUUGUGGUGUGUCUACUUUGUUUUCUGCUCUUAUGUUUGCUCAAAAGAGCCUUGUUCAGAAAAACGAGUAUGAUCAUCAGCAGUUAGAUUGUAACAUGAAUGCAGGGGUGUUAAGAGGAUCAAAGCACGUGAACUGUAGCAGUGCCAUUUUAUCUUACUGCAGUCUCGUAAUUGGUAGAGCGAGAGCUCUAGGGGUCUCCUCCAGUUCUCACUUAAACACAUCUUCAAUUUAACCUAUAACCAGAUCAAAGCUUUCAUCAGUGAUUUAUAGGUUACAGCAUGCCUGCACAUUUUGCAUAUGGCAUCUCUACCAAGCACAGCAGAAGAGACACCAGCUGGAGCCCUGGAAGCUCUCUGGGUAUACUAGCACUGUGAAUCACCUGCCCUCUCAACAAGACUAGUUUAGCUUGGGUACAGCCUUGAACCAAAGCAUUAGUGACAUCAGCUGCUGUCUUCUAUGUCUAGCAAAGGCUGGCCACUGUAUGCUGUACAACACAGGCAUACCUUUGCCCUAGUAAUGAAAAAAGUAAAGCAGGUCCUGGUCUGUGGCUCUGGAGGAGAGACUAGAUCCAGAUCCUGAUUUUGGAUCAUCAUUUUUAUCGUGUGAAGGUGCAAUACCUCCGUCUAGGGAGUGAGGAUGGCAGUCUCAGGGCAGCCCCCUCCAGUGCGUGAAAACUGCUGAGGCCCUGCUCGUCUCCUCCGGGCUCAGCAGGCAACGGAAGGGUCUGGGCCCCCUCCAUGGGCCAGGAGCUCAGCUCUCCGACUCCUGCCCACGCUUGCUGUGUGCAGAUGAUGGCAGACAAGCUCUUGAGUGGGCAGGUAUGUCUCUGUGGUCCCGAUUUUUAGUGAACAGAGACACCUAAUGUUCAGCUCUGAAUACAUGCGUGACACAUCAAGGAGAAAGAGACCAAAUGCUGCCCACACCAAGCGUUUCUUACCAGCUAUUUGGGAGGCUUCCUAUACAGCACGGUUUAUAACCUGACUUUAGAGCCACAGACACGCUGAGCUCAGCUGUGGGGCUACUGCAAGGGCUAUCCAGAGAACAUGCUUUGGCAUUUUUGAAAUAUUAGCAUUCUGCCAAGCUCAUGCCUACACGAGAGGUUCUGCCUUCUGCCCCCAACACGAAGACCUUGGCCAUUGUAGCACAAAGCACUGCAAAGCCAGGCCACGUUCUGGAUGCAGCCACCACACACUGUUGGGGGUGUAGGGGGAGAGAGUCUUUUUGACAUAGACCAAGGACUGUAUUUUACCAACCUCCAUGCAACUUCUAAGACAAGGAGAUUCAGGUUUCUGGCACACAAACUUUGCUUAAAGUCUAAUUAUUUGCCUAACUUUAAAAUUUAUUUGUGGGCAUGAUCCAUCUUUACAUGAAGUACCUUUUAAAGCUGCUUUUCAAAUCACUUUCUUCAACUACACAUACCUUUGUGAAAUCAUCUAAAAAGAGAUUAGUGGGUGCAUUUAACAAGUAGUUUUGUCCAACAGUUACUGAAGAUUCUAAAACAGCUGCACAGGUUAGCAAUGUAGUGCAAGUAUUUCAGUGCCUCGUUUUCCUCAGCAGUCACUGAAGCAGAGGACAAGAGGGAGAGGUACAUGCAUCCAGCUCAUGUACGAUUACCUGAAAACAGCUGCUGCCUUUAUACUGAAAUUCUCACAGAGACCAUACCCUGUGAUUUUCUAAGUCUGAAGAAGUCCAUUAUUUCUUCUCAGAGGACAAGAGCAGUAGUCAGGUGUAGGAACCCAAGAAGUAUUUUUAUAGUGCAACAUGGAUCAAAGCAACAGGUAUGAAACUCAAGUGAUCCAGGGAUGGUUGUUAGGCGCACUGACCUCCAGAGGAACACUACAAGGAGGACUGCAUCACUGCUUUGAAGAGAAGGCUAGGCUCAGAAGGUGGGCAAGCUGGAUACUAGCAUACCCUGCUUUGUGCUCCACCAUUUUGAGAACAAAGGUUAGUCCACCGCUUCUUGUGGGAUUUCUUUUGCCACAACUGCCGCCUUAGUCAUCCUGGUUUUAGCAGUCCCCUGUGCCAAGGAGAAGUGACAUGAUCAGCUGUGGGAAGGGAACAGUGAAUUUUCUCUUCCUCCAACUUACAUGUCGUACACCAUUUAACUUAGCAGUCUGUCAAAGGGAGGCUUCUGCCUCAAGAUUGCAGUAGCACAGCUGGGUGACCACGUCUUACUCAGAGCCUGAGAUCCGCAGCAGCCAUUUCCUCAGGAGGAGAGGCUGCGCUCUGAAACCACAACUCACACACACACACACAGAGUCUACACCAACCCCUUAUCUGGGAAGUAUUGCUACCACAAGGAAAGUCAAAGUACACAGCUUCAAGUUCCUAUGGGUAAAAGAACAUGUUACAAUAUCAAGGUUUUAAAGACAGGAAAUGAUCUAAAAAGAUGCUUUCUAAACAAUAUACUUACUCAUGUAACAGAAAGGGAAACACUUCCUAAGCUAGGAUAAAUGUCUGUUGCAAAAUGUCCACAUUAAAGUGAUACUGCUUUGAGCUUUAAUCCACUUGUUAAUUAAAACUCUGUAGUUAAUCCUUGAUUUUAUCCACAUCCACUCCUCUUCCCCAUUUAAAUGUGUGCUCACAUUAUUUUAAAUGCAAUAUACAUGCCCUAUCUUAGUCAACCUAAUGUGCCUUUGUAUCCAGAGUAGAACUAGGAAACCUAAAAUAAGAGGUCUAACUACUCUGUUCUUUAGCAGUGUUUUAUUAAAAAGAAUUAACAUAUACAAAUAUAAAAUAUAUCCACACA